AUGUCCCACACUCGAAGCAAAUACACCUCUGAGGUCCUGGCUCGACCCGGUCUCACGUUCGACACGGAGAUCCGUGAUCCCAAACAACGAAUCCAAGCAUACAUGGAUUCAUACAAGCAGAACCCCCCCUCAAAGAGCAUCGAUGAAUCCCUCCUGCGAGACCACCUCGAACUCGUAGAUGCCUCUGCAAGCCCCCAAAUCAGCGCCUCGUUCCGCAUGCGCGUGAGUCCCGAAUACUGCAGCCGCACGGGGAACAUGCACGGCGGACUGAUCUCGCUCGUCUUCGAUCUGUGCACGACCAUGUGCGCAGCCCCGGCUGCCAGGAGCGACUUUUGGACAUUUGGAGGCGUCUCCCGCACGUUGAACGUCACUUUUUUAAGAUCUGUUCGGCAGGGAUCGUGGGUGAGGAUUCACUGUGAAUUGCUGCAUAUUGGAUCUCGGCUUUGUAUGAAUUAUUUUUCUUUCUUUCUUCUUUUCUUCUGCCCCCUCUGUCCGCUUGGUCGUUUGUUUGCGUUAGCUUGUUGGGUGCGCUCCUGGGGUACUAACUUUUUGAUCUAG